UUUUCAAAAUGAAGACAAUAGUGUAUAAUGAAAUUCGUAAUAGUGUCAAUAUUACUUUUGGGAGCAGUUUUUGCUGCACCCAAAAUAGAUUCACGUUUAGAUCAAGCUAAAGAAUGUAGUGCAAAUGUUGCCUGCAAAUUACCAGAUUGCCUUUGUUCAUCCACAAAUAUACCUGGCAAUUUGAAUGCAUCAAGUAUUCCGCAAAUUGUGUUAUUGACGUUUGAUGAUGCUGUACAAACAGGAAAUUAUUAUCCUUACUAUCAAAAAAUAUUUAAUAAUCGAUUAAAUCCCGAUAAAUGCCCAAUACAAGGCACUUUCUUUGCAUCACAUGAAUAUACGAAUUAUUCGUUGGUACGAGAUUUGUACAAUGAAGGUCAUGAAAUCGCUUUGCAUUCAAUAUCACAUGUACCUAAUGUUACUUAUUGGCAAGCAGCAUCAACUAAUCUUAUGACAGACGAAAUUAUAGGUGAACGCGAUUUAAUAAGUUAUUUUGCAAAAAUUCCGAAAGAAGAUAUAAAAGGAGUUCGUUUACCAUUUUUACAAAUGUCAGGCGACACUAGUUUUGAAGUAAUGAGCAAAAACGGUUUAUUGUAUGAUUGCUCGUGGCCUACACAAGUAUUUACAGAUCCACCAUUAUGGCCAUACACACUAGAGUACAAGACCAUCCAAGAUUGUCAAAUUGGACCAUGUCCCGAAUCCAGUUUUCCAAAGUCGUGGGUUGUUCCAAUGAUCGACUGGACAGAUGAUAAAAACGUACCAUGCAGCAUGGUUGAUGCUUGUGCAAACAUACCAACUGAUGUGGAUGGUAUACUGGCAUUCAUGAAACGGAAUUUUAAACGUCAUUAUGAAACAAAUAAAGCACCAUUCGGUUUCUUUGUUCAUGCUGCAUGGUUCCAAGCAUUAGAAGUACAUUUUACAGCAUAUUUAAAAUUUGUGGAGUAUCUUCAGAGUUUACCAGAUGUAUAUAUUGUGAGUGUUAGCCGAAUGUUAGAAUGGGUCAAAAAUCCAGCAGACUUAAAAAAUUUAUCAAAACCGUGGCCGAAAUGUAACGAACCUAAGAAAACAUCUUGUAAAUUAACCACAUGUCCUCAUAAGAAACAAGGAGAAUGGGGUGAAGAAGAUAGAUAUAUGACACAUUGUGAAGCAACUUGUCCGAAAUCUUAUCCAUGGGUUGGAAAUCCAUUGGGAAAUAAGUAAUUGUAAUUUAAUGUCGUAGUGUAAUGUCUUGUAUUUAUAACGUAAAAUACAAAAUUUUUUCUGAAUAUA